UCUCUUCUCUUCUAUUUCCUCCCGAAAAUUCUUGAGAUAUAUAUGCACUUCUCUUAUGGCUGCUUUCUGUUGAACCCUUCGUUUUUAUCAGUUUAUAGUUAUUCUUGGCUUGUUUACUCUUAAUUUGCAUGAUCUCAUAUUUCUCUGUUGAUUUAGAUCGAUAUAUGAGUAACACAAUGAGGCCAAGAACAAAGGUCAUGGUUCACUUAGUUUAUGAUAGGGGAUGAGUGAUUCAAAUUAAACCCAAUUAAAUCCCCAAAUCAUUCUUUUCUUUUCUCUUUGGUUGUUGUGUGUGAUUUUUGAGCUCAACAUCCAUUUCUUGCAUAUAGAUAUAUAUAUAUAAUUUUUCGUGAUUUUUUUUUUAUUAUUUUCCAAACAUUAAUCAUAUAUAGUGAAUGGAAGUGAUUAAGGGAAAAGGAAGGAAAGCAAAUUUGAUCAUCCAAACAUGGGAGAGAUGCAAAUCCUUGGGCCGCAACAGCAAGAAAACAUCAAGACUCGUCCGUUCUUUAACACCUAAGAGCAAAUCAUGGCCAUGGCUCCACCCUUCAAUGGAAGAAGAUGGUGAGAAAUACUCGAGAAGAAAAAGGCAGGUAGCUCCUGAAGGAUGCUUCUCUGUGUACGUUGGACCCCAGAAGCAGAGAUUUGUGAUCAAGACUGAAUAUGCAAAUCACCCACUUUUCAAGAUCCUACUUGAAGAAGCAGAAUCAGAAUAUGGUUACAACCCACAAGGCCCUCUUGCUCUCCCAUGCAACGUUGAUCUCUUCUACGAGGUGCUUGUGGCUAUGGAUGAUCAUAGUGAUGAAACCAAUCCUAAGGGAUGUGGCUUCUCCAUGAAUCAUGGCUCCUAUCGCCUUCUCAGCCCCGCUCGAAUGAUCGCUAUGAAUAAAUUCUAAAAGCUGAAGAGUAUUUUCGAGUCAACUUUCAACACAAUAUAAGAAGAAAAAAGGCAUUUUAAUCUGUGGCUUUUGUGCUUGUUUAAAUUAAUCUUGUUCAAAAUCAAGUAUAUGCAUGGUGAAAUCAUGUACAGUAGAAGAGGAUAAGCAAAAAAUAAUCAAAAUCCAUGUCUUGUAAGAUCACUGCUGUUUUAUCAACUUGUGCUUUGUUGUUAUUAUAAUAAAAAUUUGAAAAAUUCUUGAUUA